UAUGAAGCUCUUUGUGAUAACGUCGUGUCUGGCGAUAAGUCUGGUGCAUUGUAUCCCCCAACCCGUCACCCAAACCCCGGGAUAUACCCAGCUGUCGUCAGAACAAGUGAGGCACCUUCAGGAGAGAGGAUUUGGCGAAACAGUGAAGACAUUUGUGCCCACAGCAGCCUACAGGGAGGUGGAUAAAGACUAUGAACCUGACAGCACUGUACAUUUGAUUUGCAUGCCUCCAGGGGGAGACAACAUAUGCGAAAAGUCUUCGGAUUAUCACUUCGUAAACGACUUCUUGUACAAACCAGUGAACUUGGAGGAACACCAGCAGAAACCGAACGUAUCUUUGAGGUACUCCGACAGGUACUAUCCCGAGGUCUACCGCCAAAGGAACGACGAUUACGAUGAGGAACAACCGGCUCAAGUUCAACACCAACACUCUGUGCGGGUGCCAGUCCAACAACGUCUAGUCUCCCCUGCGAUUGUGCGAGUCCAGCCAGUAGCGCCCCAAGCCGUUCCACAACGUUUGUCGUCCACGCUCAAGCCCCAGGGUUCCACGGGACAAGUUUUUAGAUCGCCGGAAGAGAUCAAUAUUUCCCUGCAGCAAAGACGGCCUUUCCAGUACCCCACCUCGAAAUACGACGAUGAUGAUGACUAUUAGUUGUUGCGUAUAUUUAAGCAUUUUUGUACAUAAUUUAA